AUGUUUAAGCAAUCACCUCGUCGGAACCAGAGAAACAAAGGAUUUAAAGUGAAGCAUGUUCUCCAAUUAUGUGUAGUUCUUGGAGUCUGCAUCUGGCUGCUUUACCAAGUGCAGCACUCCCGUAACAAGAAGGCAUCAUAUGAAGAAACGACAAGAAUUUCAGAGAAGGUAAAGGAUGGGAACGGUGUUAUCAACAAGUUGGGGAGAAAGGAUCUUCAACCUCGGCAUGAAGAAACAGACAUUGAAGACGAGAAGCAGAAAGAAGAGCAAGAAGAGGAGAGGACGCACUUUGAUGAUGGUAACAAGCCUGAGGAUCAAGGGCAAGAUCGAGAAAAAAUAGAAGAAGGUGAGGAUAGAGAAGCUUCUGUAAACGGAGAAAAGAAGACAGAGGAAACUGAGAAAGAAAAAGAAGAUUUGAAUGGGGAGAAGGAAAAUAAUGAGGCUGAAGAUGGCAACGGGAAAGUCGCUGAAGAGAAGGAUGAAGAUGGCCAUAGAUCAGAUGGUGAAGGGAAGGACACUGGGGAAGAAGAGAGUGAAAGAAGCAGUGAAGAACAUGGUGGAGAGAGAAGUGAGGAUAAAGAAGGUGAAGUAAAAAACGGAGAACAUGAUAUGACAGAAGACGAGGGCAUGAAUAAUGAAAAUGAAGGGGUGAGUAAUGAAGAAAAGGGAAAUCAGGAAAAAGGCGAAGCAGAAACUGACAAGGAUAGUGAAAAGGUAGAAAAUGAAGAGACAAAGGAAGAGACGGAGAGCAAAGAGAAGGGAAAUGAAGAAAUGGAGGAAGCGAACGAGAGAAAGGAGGAGAAAGCAAGUGAAGAAACACAGAACGGGACUGAAGAUAAGGGAGAUAAACAAGACGAGAAGAAUGAAAGUGAAAAUAAAGGGACAGAAGAGAGUAAUGGUGGGGACAAUGGACAAGAUAGUAAAGACAUGGAAGGAAACAACAAAGCGGAGGAGGAAAAAAGUGGUGGAACUGACAAAUUAGGUUCCUCUGAGGGUGAGACUCAUGACAGAAUUGACGAGAGUAAUGAGGUGAGGGAGGAGAAUCCAAAGGGAGAAAACGUCUCUGUUGGCGAGGUUCAGAAUUCUCAAAAAAACGAGAAUGUUAGCAAUGUUGAUUUAAGUGGGGAGGAGAAAUCAGAAAACACGGAACAAAACGAGUUAGAGGAAAUUAAGAAGAAUAAUUCCGAGGCAACCAAUGGAAAUGAGAAUGAAGUGGGCUCAAAUGACCAAGAUGGUGGGAAAAUUGAGAAAAAUAAUUCUAAUGCGGGGGCCACUGAAGGAACAAGUGAUGAACACGCAGAUUCAGGACAUAACCCUGAUUCUUCAGGAGGAGCAUCUGAAGUUAAGGAACAAGAUCAAGUUAAUGAUAACUCUACCUCUGAUUCCAUUCAAAAAGAAAGCAAAACACCGGACAACGUUGUUCCUCACGAAGAUGGGACACGAAAUGAGCAAGCUGAGAAAAACUAUGCUGAGAAUGAGAAAUCAGGUUCUGAUUCAAAUCAAAUCUCAGCAAUCGAGACUGUGAACAUGGCAAAUGGAGAUUCAAAAAGUUCUUCUGACAACACAGAAUCUGUUGUGUCUGAUGGACAAAAUGGAGAUACGAAGACAGCUGAAGGUUCGGAAAACAAUUCUGCAACGUCAGCUGGAAGUGAGGGUGAUAACCCAGUCGAACAACAGAAGGCUGGUAGUGAUGGUAUGGGAUCAAACCAAAAUAUAUCUGAAGAUUCUUCGGAUACUUCAAGCUCAUCAAAUGAGGAGGCAUCUCCAGGCUCAAAUGGAAAUGCUGAUUCUGCUGUGCAUGAUGAAAACAAUUCCUCCAGUUCUUUAUUUCCUCAAGAAGAGAAAGAAGCUCGCAUCGACCUGGGAACUCUUCCAGACUCUGAAACGGAAGGUAACAACCAUGAUGCAGUUGCCAAGUGA